AUGAAUAUUCUGGGUCGAUAUCCUCCUGAAUGCGUGAUAGAGCGCUUCCUUAUACGACAUGGAAAAAGUGUAAAUGUAUUAAAUCUGAUCGAAUUACAGCAGUUUAUUCGAUUUCUCUUAAAUGGAACUACUCAUGAUCGGCUUGGAGCCCUCUAUAAUUACUAUGCUACAAGUCAAGGCAUUCUUACUAAGGAGACUUUAGAAUUGAUUAUUAAGGAAGAAGGCGGUAACUUUGAAAGUGUGGAAGCAUUAACUACGAAUCUAACUCAGUAUGAAUUCAAUAAAUUCUUCAGGAAAAAUCCCGAUGCAACUCUUAUGUCUUCAUGGAUUUUGCAUCGAACAUUUAAGUUAGCGAAUGAAGCUUUGAAAAAGCCUUCAAAGAGUCACAUAUUUUCCAUUUCUACCGGCAGACUCUUCAGAUUUUUGGAUUAUAAUGACGAUGGUGUCAUUGAUAUUCGAGAAUUUUCCCAACGUCUCUAUGCACUCUACAAAGCUUCAGAUAAUGAUUUCGCAAAUGUCGUUUAUCAAAUGUUCUUGAAGGACAGUGGAUCGGGAAAUAGAAGAUUCAACAUUGAUGAAUUUGAGAUCUGCCUUACUCAAUUCGUUCCAAAGGGGCUUAUUCAACAAACCGGCUCCAAAAUGGAAGAACUUAAAGCCUGCACUACUAGUUCACGAUUUUCAUCGUGGUCUUUGGAAAACCCAUCCUUUCGAUACUUCGUCAAGUUUAUUAAGACUAUCCUUCAUGUGGUUUUCGGUUUGCCUCCAUCUCAUGAAGAAGGAAGUUUAAUUGAAAUUCUAAUGUAA